GUGGAAAGUUUAUAGAUUAUCUCAUUAAGCUGUUUGACGUAUCUGCUGAAACUAUAAAAGCAAUAAGCAUUUAAUAUUUUUAAAACACUAGUUGGCCCAUUGAGUAAAGUAGUAGCUGUUGGGUAUCCAAAUGAAGGUCUUUUUACUUGGUUUCCUGCUCAUAUUCUUACCAGCUGUUUUUGGUAUGUUUGCUGGCACUCUCGAUGGCAUUUUGCACAGAAACGAAGACGAGUGCAUCGAAAGAAGCAGAGCUAGUUAUUCGGAAAUCGAACAAGUUAGGCUAACUCAAGAAAUACCAGAAAAUGAUCAAAUGAAGGAGUUUGCAAAGUGUAUGAUGGAAAAAUUUAAUGUAAUGGAUAACAGUGGAUCCGUCAACCAAAACAUUCAAUCAUACGGGAUUCCUUCCGAUGUCCCAAACGUAUUCGUAGACGUGGCUAAUAAAUGCAAAACUGAAAGAGGUAGUAACAGUGGAGAGACCGCCAGAAAAAUCAUGAGUUGCUUUAUCAAAAAUAACCAGAUAGUUAUGGGCAUCGCACGUAAUCCCAAGGCCUAAUGACUACUCACAAUUGAAGAAGUUUCGACAUAGGUACUAUAUUUUUCAUGGCAACUGACGUAUUGUACUUUUAGAUAUUAUUAAAUAAUUUUUAUAAAUAUUUUUAUUAUUCAAUGUACUAUUAACUAUAAAUGUAAUGAAGGCGGAAUAAGCACAACAUGAAUUUUUUCUAUUACUAAUUGCCAAUGAAAGUUAAUUAAUGAGGUUUAUACUUUUUGUCAAUUGAGUAUACUAGUAAAGAGUAAUUUAGUAUUGUUGAACCAUUAGAAAUCCGCGUAGAUUUUUUUUUCAAUCAAGUUUAAAGAAAAAUUUUUUAAUCUUCAGAGUAGUGAAGUAAUGAAUUGUGACACGAUCUCAUGUAGGUCAAUUCUCUUACUAUUACUGUUAGUGGAGUAAAAUUAGAAAUUUGGUGGUGGAUUUGAUAGCAAAAACACGAUGAAGUUGUGUUCCAGGAUUAAAGUACUUUUAAACAGCUGAUUCGAUAAAAAAUAAGAAUUUGACGAUUAAGGUUGCUGGUACAUCUGUUCAAUAAGACGAUAAAAGUAUAUAACGGUACUGAUAUACCUGUAACACAACUCUAUCGAUUGAAUCAUGGCAGGGUUGAUGCUUCCAACCUUAAAUAAUUUGGCAAUUCAUUUUCGAAGUAAACCCGCAGAAGAUCGUGAUGUCACAUUGUCGUUCUUUUCAUACCAAGCUGCCUGUGCCUAUCCAUCCCUAAGUAAGAGAGA